AUGGAUUGGGUCCUUUCCCUAUGCUGUGGAGCCACAAGAAAGAAGUAUGUUGUUGCUCUUCUGGGGCUGGAGGAAGACCAGAGACAUGUUCUGAAGCACUCUGUCUCGAACUACAAGGAAGACAAAUCUCUCCGGCCAUUUUCAGAAGACACAUGCAUUGCAAAUGGAAUGGAGCUCAUUUUCCAGUCAUUGGAUGACAAUGCAGACCUUUAUGAGAUAAGAGGGAUCCACAUGGGCCUUUCUGCUGCAGUCGUCUUUGCUGUGGAUGCAGACAACAAAACCUCUGUCGAGAAGUGUAUUACGCUUAUUGGAGAAGAUGCCACAAAGACAAAAGAUGUUAUUGUUGUACUAUGCAAGUCGAACAUCUAUGGAAACGAGUCUGUGCAAGAGCUUAAGAGGACCUGCGACGAGAUAAGCCAUGGAAAGAUCGAGUUUAUUCUUUACGAGGAGUCAAGGUCAUUCCUAGGUGUCCACAAAGGAAUAAAUUGGAUAUGUAAUCGACUAGAGGAGUAG